CGAAAUCCGCGGCACGCACACUCGCCCAAACCGCAGCUUCUGGCGUUCUGUCCAUGGUUUUCGUCUCGUCGUCGAAUGCUUGUCAGCGGCGCACCACAACAAUCUCAGCUGUAUGUACACUUGAACAUCUGCUGCGCAAGAGAGGCGGCUUCCACCACAGCUACGCCCACCCUCCCAAUGUGGCUGGACUGGUGUUCCACUUUUGAAGUUGUCUUGCGUUCUCCUGGCCGUCUGUUUUCUCCUUUCGCCUGGUCUAGGGGAAGAGAGAGCCUCUGAACCCUUUGGUUUGCUUACGUCGUCCGUUGUCCGUCUGUCUCUUGGCACGAAACAUCCCGGUUACCCCGUCGAUCGGCGUGUGUUUCGCAGGUGUUCUUGCUGCUUGCCCCUCCGUCUGCUGUCCAUUUCGUCUUGCCUUGUGGGCAAUCACGCCGUUCUGGCGGUUCUGCCACCGAUUUGUUUUCUUUCCUGCAUUGCUGCGAUUUAUUCCGAGCCUAUUGCCCUCGCUGGGCUCUCAGCGACUCCAGUUCACUCCUACCCCGAUUUUUUUUUGUGCCCGCGAAGAUGUUGGAAGCCAAGCUCCAGCACGCCAGCGUCCUCCGCCGGCUGUUUGAGUCUAUCAAGGACAUGGUCAGCGACGUCAACCUGGACUGCGAUGAAACUGGUCUCCGCCUUCAGGCUAUGGAUUCCUCCCACGUCGCCCUGGUCGCUCUGAAGCUCGAUGAUGUUGGCUUCGUCCACUUCCGCUGCGACCGCGAACGGUCGCUUGGCCUCAACCUGGCUAGUGUGUGCAAAGUCUUCAAGCUCUGCAGCAACGCAGAUUCUUGCAGCAUUCAAAACGAGGAAGAUUCCGACACUGUCACAUUUGUCUUCGAGAACGAAGCUGACGAGAAGCUGUCGAGCUUCAGUCUGCGUUUGAUGGCCAUUGACCAAGAUGCCUUGCGUGUCCCGGAAGAUGAGACUGCCCACGACGUCACUGUUACCAUGUCUGCUCGAGAGUUCGCAAAUGUCGUCCGCAUCAUGGGCGAGUUUUCCGACAGCGUCAGAGUUGAGGUGGACAAACUGGGCGUCAAGUUUGUGACUCAAGGAGACCUCGGAGUCGGAGAGGUUCUGCUGAAGCCCAAGCCUUUUGCGAAUGGCGACGACAGCGGAGUAGAGAUUAAGGUUAACUCUCCGGUGUGCCAGACGUAUGCGGUGAAGUAUUUGAACUAUUUUGCAAAGGCGGCGUCGCUGAGCAGCUCUGUGACUCUGUCGCUGACAGAUCAGAACCCAAUCGAGGUCCGGUUUGACAUUCUGGAACCUGCAUCCGGUGGUACCGCCUCUGGCGACCGGGCUGGUGAUGAGUCGCAGGGCGACGAGGGGCGAGCCCAGGGCAGGAGACAGGCGCAGCAGCCUCGCUCGUGCAUCGGCCACGUGAAAUUCUUCCUGGCCCCCAAGAUGGACGACGAUGCAAUUGGAGGCGAGGAAGGAGGCAACGGCGAGUCCCGGGGCAUGGACGACUCUAUGAUGGAUGAGUGAGGCGUAUGACGGAAGGCUCAAUAAGUAAAGACGAGAGACAGUUGUCUGUGAUACCGUCACUAAAGUAGGGGAAUGUGCAAUCGAGGCUCUCCGGCGUGGAUGACGCAGAGGGACUGGGGGAUCGCGAGGGAGGUAGCAAGGGAAAUGUGGAGGAGUUCCGGGCGUGCUAGCACAUUGAUGUAUGGGCAUCCAUGAGCGUGUACAUGCUUCUAAAGGGGCGAGUCGCGCGUGACCUCAAGGUGCAGGAUGACAUCAAGCGGUGCGAGGGUUUAAGGGAUUCGGGUCGAAAGCGACGGCAGGGAACACACUUGUUGGUUUUUCCCGGUACGGAAAGGUAACGUCCCAGGGGCGGUCGCUUGGAAGAUAUGGGAAAGUCUUGGCAUCGAUGGUUUCCUUCGAGGUGAUCUGGUAUCCGGAACCUGGGGUGGGGUACUUUUUCAAAGAGUGUGAAGCUCCCUCGGUUUUCACGCCUAUACUACCGUGUCGGGCUGCUUCUAGUGUCGCCGUGGAUCGUUUGUCUCGUCUUUCCUCACCGGGAAGGGCGCCGUUUGAAAAGGGGGGGACACACUCGAAACCCCCACAGUAAGGCGUGUCAACAAAUGCAGACUCCUUAUCUGUCACAGGAAAGUAAAUCGUGGGAAUUGCCAACGCAGGCACACACACAUGUCGAGAUACUUAAGGAUGAUCUUGCCAAACAAACCAGCGUCUCCCGCAGAGCUCUGUUCUCGACAGGCCCUAAAGGGAGAUUGCGACGUAGGAUCGGAGCACAGCAUUCGCAAGUGUGGGAAUUCUCGAGUUCAGUUUUUUGUUUCUCGGAUACUGCAUACGCCGUUUACAAAGUAGGGAAGCGGCAGCGACUUCCGCAAUUUUCUUGGGGACCCGUCUGGUGCACAUAAACUGCUAAAACCGUUCAUUUGCCCCUGAUUUUAAUCACAGAACAAAACAGGAGAGCUGCGAGGGGUUGGCAUCUGUGAGCCGCAACUUGAAGCCCUGCCGCAGCAAUCCAGUGAUGAGCUACGGUUUCAAGAAGCCGACAACAGGACUCCAGCUAAAGCGGUAGUUGCGUUGUUUGGCAUCUCGAAAUGAAGGGAACCACGGAGAACCUAAAGAAACGGAAUCCAUUCCGCGCGGCUUUCACGUCUUCUGUGUGUCUGAUGGACUUGGGAGCUCGAGAAGUCCUAAUUUGGAAUGGGGCUCUACUAAUUCAUCCAGCGUGCUCAUAUAUGCCUUUAUCAGAUCAUGUCUUUGGUCACGCUGUUGUCUUGAACUAUUUCGGAGGUGUCGGAUGGAACCGUUUCUGCUCCGCCAGCUGCAGAAGCCGGCUGUGCACACUUUGAGCAAGUGCAGCGCCUGCAUGGUAGUGAGUGCUCGUUUUAAACGCACGUUGGAAACACGCGACCGCCUUGUCUAUUCGUUACAGAUGCAUAAACGUUUCCUGUUUACAACGACGCUCUUAAUGAUAUAUUCGUGAAGGAGCAUCGAGCGUUACAUUUAAAUUGAUACGGAUUUAUGGGCACGUGUACGUACGGAUUUCCCGUGUCUUCUGGUUCCGGGAGUGUGUGUGGACGGGUCCGUUUCCUCGCGGAUCAUUCGACUGUCUAUAACUUGAGGUACA